UCCCUUCGUAUUCUCGUUCACUGCCAUUGCAUGACCCUUUCCGCUUCGCACGAAAACAACAGCAACAACAACAAAAACAAAAGCCACACCCAAACACAAGCGAAUCAAAACCCCAAACAAAUCACAUGCGUUUAGGAACAUCUCCUCGCCCUCACACCCUUCUUCCUCAAAACCCUAACAACAAGAAACCCUAUCUCGCUCUCCCCAAAAUUCCUGAAAAAACCUAUCUCUCAACCGAACCCCCUCUCUCUCCCGUCUCCCCCUCUUCUCUCCAUUCCUCCCACACCAACAUGGAUUACUCCUCCCUUUCCGAAGCCCAAACCCAACAGCUCCUAGCCCAAGCCCAACACCUUCAACAACAACCACAGCCACAACAACAACAGCCUCUACAGCUACAACAACAAGCAGAGCAGCAACCACAGCAAGAUGCCUCCUACCAACCCUACGACCCAUCCCAAGCCCAAUCCUACGAAGCCUACUACCCUUACGCUCAACCCUAUAACCCUCAGCAAUACCACUCGCAGCAGCAGCCCUACCCUUACUACCCCCAUGACUACGCUGCGGCGGCAGCAGCAGCGAACGCCUACCAACAGCCGUCCCAGCCGGACCCGGCUGUACAGCACCCUGGCCAUGCUGCGCCGCCUGAUGCUUCUCAGGUGGCGGGGGGACAAACGCAGCAGAAUGCUUAUUAUCCGCAGGACCCACAGAGCUCGUACCCCCUCCCGCAGGGGCUCAACCCUGCGGCUGCAGCCGCCGUUGCUGCGCUAUCGCAGCUGCAACAGUUCGCUGGGAGGAUGGACGCUGCUGAACGGGCAAUGGUGGGGAUUCAGGAGCCGCCAUGGCCCGCGAAUAAUGGAGGGUACGGCCAGAUGCCUGGGCAGCCUCCUGCUCAGCACGGAGCUGUCGGUGUUCAUCCCAAUGUCGGCAGACCUCCAUACAGGGGUGGUGGUAGAAGGGGGGGUGGGCCAUUCAGGGGUGGCAGAAGUGGUUCUGGUCACCACCGUCCAAGGUCUGAUAUUGGACCACCCUCUGGUCGAGGGAGAGGUCGCAUGGGUAGGGGUGGUGGAAGGCGAUUCCCGCAUCAUGCCCCAGCUGCACAACCACAAUAUUUUGAACCUGCACCUUACCAAGAACCAUCAUCAGCAGAUGCACCAGGAGCAGAACCCACAGCGGCAGCAGCAUUUGCACAGGGACAACGGCGGCGGCCUCCCCAGGUUGCCUGGUGUGACCUCUGUAAGGUUGACUGUAACACUCAGGAAAUCCUUGAGCAGCACAAAAAUGGAAAGCGGCAUAAGAAAAAUAUGCAGAAAAUUGAAGAAUUUCAGAAGCAUCAAAAUCUCUUGUUGGAAUCACAGGCAAAGUCUGGAGAACAGCCUCUGAAUUUCGAAGGAGGUGAAGAGAAAAAUGAGGCCUCUGCUGAAGGCUUACCUAGCAACGCCGCUACUAAUGAAAACAAAAUGGAAGUGGAUCAGCAAACCCAGACGGCAGGACAAUCUGAGAUUCCCGCAGCGGAACCAACUGUAGCAACUGCAGGGAACUCGAGAGUGGAUGGUGGUUUUGAGAAUCGAAGGCGUCCUCCCAAGCGCAAGCAGCAAUCGAAGUUUGGCCGGGGUGGGAAGCGUCUGAGGCAACAACCAGAACCAGUUGCAGAAGCUCCUAAGGAGCAGCCCAAGUACUGCGCCUUGUGCCAUGUGACUUGUGACACGCAGGCUGUGUUUGAGUGCCAUCUAUCUGGCAAAAAGCACACUUCUCGGGUCAAGCGGUCUCAAGGCCCGCAAGGCCCAUACAGGGCUUUGGGCCUCCAUGCUCUUUACAUGCCUCAGGCCCAACAAGCCAGUUUACAGGCUCAAGGACAACAGGGUUCACAGCUUCAAGGACAAAAAGGUAUUGCAGAGGCUGGGGGACAGCAAGCUGCUCUAGGGGGUCCUGGAGGCCAAGAUGCUACAAUGGCAGUUUCUGUACGUGAGCCUGAUGGAAAGUUCAAUCAAUCUGUUGAUAGCAUAGUCCCUGCAUCAGAGAAUGCUAUCAUGGGAGCUGGACAUGCUCUCCGGAAUGCAGAGGAUGUUGUUAUGGAUCCUGGGUAUGUGGUAUCGUCAGCCGAUCAUCUGCCAGGGCUCAAACUGAAAGAAGAUCCUUCCAAGAUCGAAGUACCAACCAUUUAAGAUGUGGCUUCGCCGUAGAACUGGUAUGUUCUUUUCUUGAUUAUCUUUGCAUCUGCUUCUCUGAUCUUUGCAACUGUUUGGGCUUUUUUUUUUUUUUUCUCAAGACAGUUUUUAGGUUAUGAGUUUAGCAAUCAGGUCAGAACAAUUCCCUUUAUAAAUGAAGAUUGAUUCGAUUACUUCGGUGUAGAAGCAUCCAUUAUCCUU